UUUCGAAUACGCUGCGAAUACGGAUACGUGUGGACGGUCGUAUCCGCAAAUUUUGGAAUACACUGACGUAAACACGAUUUUGCGCAUGCUCAAUAAGAAAAACUAUCCGUCAAAGGGACUAGGCACUAUUUACUUAUUAGUUUCGCCAUAUAUUAAACUGGAAAUAUAAUAACUGAAAAAAAUACUGUGAUAUAUAUGACAGGGUGACCGCAACAGCGUUAAGCCAAUUACUGCGGGCCCAAAUAAUGUCUUAAAUGAAACUUAGUGCAUAAAGAUAAUUUAAGUAGAUAUAUUGACACAUUUGAAUCAAAUAACUAAUAACAGGAGGUAGCAAGAGUGAGGCUUCUGCAAGAGUUACAUUUUAAACAAACUGUUUUAAAAGUACGUGGGUCGUAACAGUUGUAACUGUCCAGUGACGUUACGUAGUAACUUAACAUGGCGCGUUUAAAUAUGUUGAGUUUGUCCAUGUUCAGAUUUAGUUCAUCAUCGAGAGCGUUCCAUAUUCUAGUUGUCCUGAUGAGGUAGGAUUUCUUGUACGUAGAGGUCUUGCACUGACGUACUGCGUACUUGACAACAUUACUGUUUGAUGAUCUCGUUGGUCUUGUUAGCGUGCAUCAGGGCGGAUCAAGAAAUUUCCGGAUACGUGUGGACAGUGAAAACGAUUCGAAAACGAUUCGAAUACGCUGCGUGUGGACACGAACAUUUUCGUAUCCGAUAAAAAAAGUUUGCGGAUACAAACAUUUCCGGAUACGUGUGGACGGGGCCUUAAAAACCGGUCAGCUACAAUUGUUGAGUUAUUUUAGCUUUGUACGAAUCUGUGAAGAACUAAAACGCAUGAGCUGGUUUUGACUCUUCUUGUCCCUCAUCUACUCUACGUCUUCCUUGGUUUGUGUUCAAUGAUGGCUGGCAAGACAUUGUUCUAUUGGAUAUCAGUGUUCUUAUUUCACUUUAUUUUGUAUCCUGUUGCAUGUGCACAGCAUAAUACGACUACGUCAUCAUUACCACCACCACCACCACCAACAACAACAACAACACAAGCAUCACCUUCAGUACGUUCUACAGCACUGCAAGCAAAAGCAACGCCUUCAGUACCAACAGCUAUCCCAUCCAUAUUCAUCACACUCUCCUUCGAUAUAUCUUGGAAAAAAUUCUGUCCACUCAGCGAAAAAUUCAGGGGGAAAUUCUCAACCCAUCUCAUUGAACAAAACAAAGACAAAAUAAUCCACAUUAUCUCUGCUGCAAGAAUUUGUUACUUGAACGUCGAUAGAUAUUGUGCAGGGGACUACAACGGAGAGGAGAAAGCUGAAGUUGAGCUGUACAUAUCAAAAAGGGGUGAAUUUUGUGUCGUUGAUGAAGAUAUGACAACCAGAGCUUAUAGGAUUCUGCAUGAUUAUGUGGUUAAUAAGAAGAUGUCCAAGAUAGAUGCGGUGUUUGCUGAUAAGAAAGCUUACCUUCGAAAAUCAACCACACGACAAGAAAUACAAGCAAUCAGGCCUACAGAACACGAACUCCAGGUCCUUAGGCCAACAGAAGACACUUAGCAUGAUUGGGUACUUGAAAAGCUCAGUCACUAAUUAAUUAAGAGCACCAGAAUGAGUAAAGAUUCACUGCUUCUUAUUCCAAGAUGCUGGGCAACCGAGGAGGCGUAGUCAAUUAGGGUAUCCUAGGAUAGACUGUUUGACUGUUUGAAAUGUACUCACAUUUCAUAAUGUGUCAUUCUCUUGAGAAGAAUAUUCUUUGUUUGAGUAGUAUCCAUAUUCAGGUGUCUUCUCAUGCACAACCGUUAAACAAAGAAAUAAUACUCUAUGAAAUAACAAAUUGGUCUGAAAUAAGAAAACGUUACAUUCAAGGUAAAGAGGUCUAUUAGCUUGAUCAACACUAGGUGGAUUAGAAGACACAUGCUCUCUGCUCCCAUUUAUAGACCGUUUUGAAAGAAAACCAGUAAAUGAACUUAUGGCUGUCAAACAGAGUGAAAGAUGAAGACUAAGAAACUAAUCCAAUGAUUAAGUCAAUCUUUUAUAGUUUUGUUUUACAGACAGAAAAAUUGAAAUUGUUGAAAAUUUCAAUCGAGUAGCAAAAUGAAAAAUAAUUAAAAACAUUCAAUGAGA